UACACCAUUCAAAUACAUAUAUCACAUCAUAGCAUCAACUAAACAAUAAACAAAGAUACAUUAAGCACUCACCAUCCGUAUCACAAUGUCGGAUUACAAGUUUCUCUAUAAGAAAGAUGCCAAUUUUAAUAUCGACAACCAAUCGCAUCAAGAUCUCAUGACUCGCACAUAUGGUUUUUUGAAGGCGACUCGGUCAGACACUCCGAUUCCGAAGUCCCAGAGUGGCUUGAGCGCACAUACCCUGGUGGAAAGGUUGCACACCAUCCAUAAUAAGAUCGAUUAUCAAAUAGAGUCCGUAGCCGAUGAGAAAAGUUUUUCCAUAUCUUCCGAAGAACCCGUGCGCAUGGGAAAGUCGGCCUUCGAGCAGAAGCGUAAACUCUUCGAUACAGCUGAGUUUACUAUAGCUCGGGGCCUCAAACUAAGUGAAUUCUUUUGUCCCACCGAUUCUGGUCUUCAUCUGCCCAUUGUUCAAAGAAAUGUAGGACUCACCGCUUCUUUUGAGGAAAUGGAGAACUAUUGUCGCAAAAUGAAUAUUGCAUUGGACAAAUGAGUCGUUGCAGGGAUUUGCAAAAAUUAAUAUCUAUAUUUUGUUUGAUUACAACAAUAAACUUUCAUACUCUU